AGGUAGCUUAGGCUAUUCAUUUUUACGUGUAUGUAUGUCAAUAAAAGCCUUGACAGGUUUGGCUUGAAAGCCUGCAUUCCUUAACCACAGCCUCCAUGUGUUGUCGAGCGAGCACACGCCUGAUCGUGACGACAUCUUGUGCUUUAGCCAAUCGGAGCAGCGCAAGCCUUCACAGCUAUUCCCGGGGAGCUUCUUUCUGAAGAGCUCACGCUGAGGACGAAUUUGCUUUUUUUUUUUCCUUCCCUCCACUGGAGCUUUGUGGAGAGAGCUGCACCAGAUUCAUAGAAACUUUGUUAAGAAACUGUCAGUGUGAUGUGCCAGAACUGAACGAUGGCGAAUAACAAUAGUUUUGAGAUACUGCAUUCCGCCUACCUUGCUAUAGAAUACAUUGACUCUUUGCUGCCUGAGAAUCCACUACAACAACCACUUAAAAAUGCUUGGACCUCUAUGCUGGACAACUACACUAAAUUCCAGAUUGCAACUUGGGGUUCACUUCUUGCUCAUGAACUUUCCUAUUUUUUAAUAUGCUUACCUGGAUUUGUAUUUCAGUUUAUACCUUAUAUGCAAAAAUAUAAAAUACAGCAGGAUAAACCAGAAACAUGGACAGGACAAUGGAAAUGUUUUAAAAAAAUUAUGUUCAAUCAGUUUUUUAUUCAGCUGCCUCUCAUAUGUGGUACCUAUUAUUUUACAGAAUAUUAUAAUAUUCCUUAUGACUGGGAAAGGAUGCCAAGAUGGUUUGUGAUACUUGCUCAGUGUUUUGGAUGUGCUGUGAUUGAAGAUACCUGGCAUUAUUUCUUGCAUCGACUACUUCAUCAUAAGAGAAUUUAUAAAUACAUCCACAAAGUACAUCAUGAAUUUCAUGCACCAUUUGGGAUGCAAACUGAAUAUGCACAUCCUUUAGAUACUGUAAUCUUUGUAGCUGCAUUCUUCAUUGGAAUAAUUGUCUUCUGUAAUCACCUAAUUUUGCUAUGGGCAUGGAUAGUUUGUCGUUUGAUACAGACCAUUGAUGUUCACAGUGGCUAUGAUAUUCCUCUGAAUCCUUUACAGUUCCUGCCCUUUUAUGCUGGCUCUCGCUUUCAUGACUUCCAUCAUAUGAACUUCACUGGAAAUUACUCUUCAACCUUCACAUGGUGGGAUAAACUCUUCGGAACUGAUUCGCAGUACAGUUCUUACCUAGAGAAAAUGAAGAAACAGAAAGACACAGUGGAAAAGAAGCUGGAAUAAAUUUCCCAUUUGCAACACUCUUUGGAGCACCAAAGAGGGACAUGGCCUCGUAUUUUUGCUUAAAACUAGAAAACGUAAUAAGUAUUGCAAUUCAAAGCAAAAUGCAGCUUUUAACAAACAAACCAAGCUUAUGUUUGCAGCAGGAAAAACAUUCACUGAUGCAUUUUCCAAAUGAUUGUGCUUUUUCUAUCCUAUAGAUAUGUCAAACAAAUACAAUAUAUAUUUAAGAAAAUGUUAAAUAUGACCAAAUGAUUGAAAUUAUGUAAAAAAAAUAGAAGUACAUUAAAAUUAAAAUAAGGGAGGUUUUUUGCAUUAAUAUGAAUCCUAAAGUUUAGAAAGAACAGCUACAUUGAGUUCACCAAUUAAAACUUUUGUGGGAAUCCUCUUUCCCAAUUAGGUAGAUUUAAGAAACCAUCUUAAUUUGUUACAAAUAAUAUUUUUACUUGGUUUUUAAUGAAUGUUAUUGUAAUCUGUAUUACACAUAACUGUAAAUUGCUGAUUUGAUUAUUAAGCUAAUUUGUCUUAAAAUAUCUGUGAUUUAUUUCUUUGUCAUGUUUUCUCUACGGCAAAUAAAAUAAUAUUGGGGUUCAGGCUAUUAUUUCCUGAUUCCUUUUGGUUUGUUCCUAUCAAACAAUAAGUGCUAUGUUUUUGUUAAUACACAGUGGCAGGUAUUGAUAACUGGAACAGAAUGUGUAUGGGCACUGAAAUUUGAUAGUGGAGACUUUAGAUAACUAACCAUCUAUAUUACAUACAGUCAAAACUAUCCCUAGAGAUGUACAUGAGGAAACCAUAGGAACUUCCUUAGAUUAUAUUGAAUACUUCUUGGCCUUUCUGACUUACUAAGGAAAACAUUAAAUUGUAUAACCUGCUUAACCGGGAUUCUAUCUUUUAGAAAGCCAUAAACUUUUUUUUCUUAAAGACAUCUGCUGCAGAAAUUGGGUGGGGUAUAGCUUUAUGGUUUUCGGGCACUGAAGAGUGUUUUUGUGCCAGCAUUUUCCACUUCUGAUGUCCCCUCAAAAACAAUGCUUAUUCUAUUUUUUUUUUUUUUUUACUUGAAAUGUAAUAAAAGUGAUUUAUAGUUUAAAAGAUUAUGCAUAUGGAAAAAGCUGCUGGGAAAAGCAUUUUAUUUACACAAAUAAAGUAAAAAGAAAUUAAA